AACGGGGAGCUCAAACUGGCCGACUUCGGCUUGGCUCGGGCCUUCGGGAUCCCUGUGCGCUGUUAUUCGGCAGAGGUUGUCACGUUGUGGUACCGUCCCCCUGACGUGCUGUUUGGUGCCAAGCUCUACUCCACCUCCAUAGACAUGUGGUCAGCUGGCUGCAUCUUCGCAGAGCUGGCCAAUGCCGGGCGGCCCCUGUUCCCGGGGAACGACGUGGACGACCAGCUGAAGAGGAUUUUCCGGUUGCUGGGAACCCCAACCGAAGAGCAGUGGCCGGCCAUGACCAAGCUCCCAGACUACAAGCCGUACCCCAUGUACCCUGCAACAACGUCCCUGCUCAAUGUGGUGCCCAAACUCAAUGCCACAGGUCGGGACCUGCUCCAGAACCUGCUGAAGUGCAAUCCGGUGCAGCGGAUCUCGGCCGAGGAGGCGCUGCAGCAUUCCUACUUCACCGACUUCUGCCUCCCGUAGAGACUGCCCGGAGCCGGGCCUGCCGGCCAGCCUCCACCCUGCUCCACUGGCGUGUGGGGGAGGGGAUGUCCCGGGGCCAGGGCACUGGGUGAUGGGCAGGGC